AAGCAAGACACGCCCCCGGGGGCGGGACAUACACAUUCGAGCAUGUAAUUGGAUGAACACAAGAUUAGUACAAGUUUUCAGUAGCAGGAACUUUUCACGCCAUAGCCAAGCAACACUGAGGGAAUUAUUUUGAAGACGGACAAAAAUGGAGGCGCCGAGCAGUAAACACACAUGUUCCGAAACAGCCGAGGAGAAAGAGGAUCCUGGAGCAGCUCCAUACGGAAACUUUAUAAAUUACUACACAUUUAAUCCGCCAGAGAAUCGUCUGAGUUUGAUCCCGAGCACGCUGCUGGAGGAUGUGGGACAUCAGCCCGACACAGAGGCGGUGCUGCUGCUCGAUGUGGGCUGCAACUCCGGGGACUUAUCUAUUGCACUGUACAAGCAUUUUCUUCAAGAUCAGCCACCUGGAAGUGAUUCUUCCAAAAGGAUUCACCUACUUGGAUUUGACCUGGACCAGGACUUAAUCGUACGGGCUCAAAACUCUAACCCGUUCCCCCAAAACGUUCAGUUCAUUCCCCUCGAUAUCACCAGUGAGGAGAGCCGCACUGAACUUGCUUCCUAUCUGGAGAAGUUUGGACGCAGUCGCUUUCACCUGUGUUCCUGUUUUGCUGUGACGAUGUGGGUUCACCUGAACCACGGAGAUGCUGCCUUGUUAGCUUUCCUCUCGCGGCUCGCUUCUGUCUGCGAGUGCUUGUUACUGGAGGCCCAGCCGUGGAAAUGUUACCGCUCGGCUGCACGGCGGUUACGAAAACUCGGACGCAGCGACUUCGAACACUUUAAGACUCUGGAGAUCCGUGGCGAUGUGGCAGCUCACGCUAAAGAGCAUUUAGAAAAGCAGUGUGGAAUGGAGCUGGUUCGGAGUUUCGGUAGUACAUCGUGGGACCGGAGCCUUUUGUUAUUCAAGAGACGAUCAUGCAGCCACCAGGAGAGAAAGCAGUAGGGGUUGAUUUGAUUAGCCUAUAACCUAUUAUAUUAUAUCAUAUCAUAACCUACUAUUGUUUCAAGACACAACAUUUUUUUAAAGAGUCAUUGCAGAAUAAUUUUAAAUGAAAUGUUACAAAGUAAAGGAAUUGCACUUACUCUGUUGUGGACGGUCUCACAUGAACAAUUCCCAAAACCUGUUUAUACCCUCACCCUUGCUCCACUGGGCAAUCUCACCUCACUAAUACUAUAGGCUUGUAAUCAUAAAUACUGUCCUGUGCUCAUCCCAAGACUCUUAUGCACAAUCUGUUCAUCCUGAACAUCCUCAAAAUACACUUACUACUGUUUGACUUUAUAGUAUACGGUAUAGUAAUCCUACUAUCCGGUGUCACCCAGAAGAGCUUGCGCUCCCUUUUGAGUCUUAAGGUUUUUUCCUAAUAUCUACUCGGGGAGUUUUUCCUUGCCACUGUAACCUCUGUCUUUAAAUCCUGAGGGAUUUAAAUCUACAUCAGGGUUUCUGUACAGCUGUUGUGAACAUGUCUACACUAAUAAAAGUGCUAUACAAAUAAAACUGAAUUGAAUUACCUCUUGACACAUUGAACUUUAGUGAGGUCUGGUAACUCAGUGGUUCUCACCUCCAAUGAUCUGUGAAGCAUCCAAACAUCAACCUCAACUCUGAGGUUAUAAAUAAAUAUAUACAGUGUCAUUUCAGUAAUGGCUAAACAGUUGAGGUCAUAAGUUUACAUCCACCCUCAGUUAUCCUCACUGUGAAAAGAUGGCUCUGAACAUCCUAUAGUCACUUUUGGAAAGAGAUCAAAGAUGCUGGAAAAGCAAAGAAUGUCCAACAGUGGGCAGUUUACCUGCUCGGGACAAACAAGGGACUCAUGAACAACUAUCACAAAUCAUAAAAACAGUCGUUGAUCAUCCAGGUAACAGCACACAGUAUUAAUAAUCAAGCGUGUGUAAACUUUUGAACUGGUUCA